CGUGAUGUAACCGUCGAGCGGGUCCAGCGAGUCCGGGAAGAUAAGUUCGAGCGAGGGAAGCCAAAGCUCACUGCUAAGGGCAGCAAUGGCGACCGCAUUUUCUCUCUAUCGGAGUAUUUCCUGCUCGUCGCCACUCAAAAUGAGCUUAACCCUGCACAGCGAUAGCACUCAUCCUACCGGCAAUGGAAGGAUUUUAACUAUUCUGGCACAGAAGAAGGCGAAGAAGACUCGGAGGAUCAUUUUGAAGGAGGAUGUUACCGAACUCGGGAAAAAGGGGGAGCUGCUUGAGGUCAAGGCCGGGUUUUACCGCAACUUUCUCUUGCCAUUGGGCAAGGCUCAGUUAGUAACUCCGUUGUUGAUCAAGGAGAUGAAGAUUGAAGAAGAAAGAAUAGUGGCUGAGAAGAGGCGGGUGAAAGAAGAAGCGGAACAACUUGCUUUACUAUUCCGGACCGUUGGUGCUUUUAAAGUGAAGCGCAAAGGUGGCAAAGGAAAACAAAUUUUUGGAAGUGUCACCGCACAAGAUCUGGUUGACAUAAUCAAGGCCCAGCUUAAUAGGGAUGUAGAUAGAAGAAUCGUUUCUCUACCGGAGAUUCGAGAAACUGGAGAGUACAUUGCAGAACUUAAACUUCACCCAGAAGUCACUGCCCAAGUUAGACUUAACGUGUACGCAAAUUAGAGAGCACAGUGAACUUUCACAAACAGAUUUCGAUGAAGCAUAAUGCAGUUGCAUGAUAGCCGUCCGAAGGAGAAUUGUUGUAAUAGGCGAUGAUGAUUUGUGCUCAUUUCCUAUGCAUGUUAAGGUGGAUUUUACUUUUAAAAUUCAAAAUAGUGGUAUGUUUUAUGUGAUAUGAAAGAUUUACAUACAUAAGAAUUGGGUGGUAUGUAUGUAAAUUCCCCUUCUUAUUUACUACUAUAGAGAGAGAGACAGGCAUUUUCUCAUCACUUUAAUGAUAUU